GGCAGAUUUGCCUUUCGUUGCCAACCACACACACACAAAGCAACACAGCCAAAGAUGGCAGGGCAAGGAACUGUAGGGACAGCCACCACCACAAAGAUGAACGCAGCGUCUGCUGCCAUGGCUGCUGCUAUGGCUGCAUCCGACAUUGGUGGCGCUCGAAGUGAGCAACAGCAACAGCAACAGCAAGUGGAUCCUACUCGCGCGCUCCUUCGACGCAACAAGCGCGGUCCCCUCGUACAUCACAGCUUCUUGGGCUCCACAGGCGAACUCGAACGUGAACACAGCAAGAAUGCUGGCUACAACAUGGAAGCGGCAGUGGCCAUGUCAAGUACCCCACAGCCACCCCAGCCACCGUCUCAGUCAGCGCCGCGAGUCUCCCGUGCUGGUCGGUUUCAGCGUAAAGCUGCACGCUCGGCAAAGGAGGAAGAGUUCUUUGCAUCCUAUCAAGAAGAGCGGGUCAAGGACCGGGAUGCCAGAUCGCUGCAGCACUGGAACAAAACGGUUCAAAUGUGGGAGAAACAGGAGCGACACAUCAGCCGACGCACGGGCGUGCCAGCUGAGCAGCUCAACAUGCAGUCGCACGAGCUCUUUCAUCAAAAACGCCAAAUCAGGCAUGCAAUUGAGGAAGCAAUGCCUGCCACAGAACAGGGCAAAGGGUUUCGGGUUGGAUCAGAGUUCUGGCAACCAAACCCCGUCACGAAAUCAAACCUUCACUACACCCUCACAAAGACGGAGCAAGGGCAGCGGCCGGAAGUUGAAUUUGUUGGCCGCCCACGCCACGUACAGGCAGAGAUGAAGGUUGGCCCAGCUACCUACAGAAACAGAGACGAGCAACCGGGCGCGUAUUUGACGACGCGGAUGCAGCAGCUGAACCCAUACCUCGAUGAUCUCGCAAAGCACAUCCCAGACACCAGCGCCCUCGAGGUGGUUGGAAGACCAGUCGUGGUGCACGAUGAGGCGGAGCUGGACGCAGACGCGCGCGCGAAACAUGAGCAGCAGCGCCUGUCGUUUGUCAGCCAGGGCGCACGUUUGGGCGAUGGGGGCAUGCUUGCAGGCGUGAUGGAGGCAGAGGAGGAGGAAGAGGACACGUUCAACUAUGACGAGGAUGAAGACAAUGAUGACGUGGAAGGAUCAAAAGGACAACCGUUGAUUGCGUUUGAAAUACUGGACGCUGAUUCCUCCACGCCGGAGCUCGAUGCGCCAUCCAACCUCUCCUCCAUCAAGCCGCUGGACCCCCACGAGGGCUGCCGCGUGCUCUUCAAAACGGUGCCUGGCCAACGUGCUGGACAGAUCGUCCGGUUGAAAAAUACGGGGCCAACCGCGAUUUAUUUCCGCUGGCAGCGUGUGGAGCGAGACAAUGCUCUCGGCAGGCGCGAAGAUGAAGCAAAGCGCUUCUUCCUUGAUAUUGAGCCAGACACCAUCCUGCCUGGUGCGCACCGCGACAUGCACCUGCGGUUCCAGAGCGCCAGCAGCGGUGUCUUCUCUGAGGACUGGCAGCUCAUCAUGACCCCGUGUGCCGUGGAUGUGUUUCCCACCCUCUCCCUCUGUGGCGUCACAGAGAGCACAGACAACUUUGAACGAGACGCCCUCCCUUUCAAGCGCGAGUGCGAGCAGCGGCAAGUGGAGACGAUGAUCCGUCGACUGCUGUCGCACAUCAUCACCAAUCUUGCGCCGCGCCCUCGCCCACCAACGCCUGAAGAGCACUGGCGCACAGAUGCGCAGACAUUUGUUCGGCUUAACCCCGACGUUUGUACACUGGACACAUACCGCGAAGACGUUGUGCAAGAUCUCGUGGCAUUUCACCAGCGCAUUGCGUCACAGGGCGGGGCGGGUGAGGAUGAGGGCGCAAAAGCAGCUGCGCAGAAGAAGAACAGGCGAAAGUCGGAGUUCGUGCCGGCGGUACAGGAGACGCCGCCCUGGUCGUACCGUGUUGCCGACUUGGAACAGCUGUGCAUGGCACAGGACGACGAUACACAGCGCGAAGAACUGCUGCGUGAGCUCCAGUCCAUAUGCAGCCGCUUUCUUCCGCGCAACCGCGAUCUUCACGCUGCACUCCGCCUUGACAGGCGUGCUGUCGGCAAACAAAUUCUGCGCCGCGUUGCGUGCGAUGUUGUCGGGAGCAGAGAGCAGCUCAUGCAGGAGAUGGGGAUGAAGCAAACAACACCAGAACCCGCAGAGCCAGAGCAAGCACUGCCAGCCCGCAAGAAAGAUGCACGGUCGGCGCGCUCGUCCUCGAAACUGACGAAAUCGCGAGCUGCAAGUGCGCGCGGUGGGCGGUCAUCCACGGCCGUCAUUUCGCCACCAGUGCCCGAAAUCGAUCCAGAGAAGCGAAAGGCAUUCAGUGAACAACUCUUCAUCCAGGUCCGGCGUGCGAUGCUUCAGCGCGUGGACGAGAUGGUGGACAUGAUUGCGGACUUGCCACCAUGCAACCCAUUCAGCACAGAUGGAGAUGAGGAGUGACAUCGUUGCGUGGCUUGAUUUGGUCACGCACACGUAUUCCAAUCGCAUUGUCGUUGCUUUCGUGGUGUCCCCUGGCCUUGUUGAAUAGGGUGCAAUUACACUUGUCUCUUCUGUGCAAUCAGCGGCACAAAUACCCACUCCGCGCACAUUUCAUGGUUUCCGUUUGUCUCAAUUGUCAUGAAUCGUUCAUUCUUGCCUUCAGCGCGUGUACACAAGGCAGUAAAACAGAUCACGACGGUACCAUUAUGCUCGACAGUGUCUGGGUAAGAUGUAUG